AUGGACGAUAUUCCACAUCCUUUUUAUGUUCACCUAAAUUUUGCAAUAACUUCGAUUAGAAACAUUCACUGGUUCGCGCCAGUUGUUGUUGUAUUGAUUGAAUCAAUUUAUGUGUUUUACAUUGCUCCAUCAAAUGGAGUUACAGAAACCCCAUUUGGAGUGUUUUUGGUCAGUUUUGGUGUUACUCUAACUCUCUUGUUUUUGGUGGUGUACCUCCUCAUCAUGACAAGGAAACCACAUCACCACGAGCCACACGCAACGGAAGAAGAGAAAAAGGAGGCAUAUGACGUGGCGAUCGAAGCAGAAGCAAACAACUGGAAUUGUUAUGAUGUGGACAAACGUGUGAGGUAUUGUGCGGUAUGCAAACAUUACAUGACGAGGCGGACGUAUCAUUGUAAAGAGUGUGGUGUAUGUACCGAAUUCAAAGAUCAUCAUUGUGAUUACUUUGGGUUUUGUAUUGGGAAGCACAACCUUGCGUUAUUUUAUGCGUUUUUUCUUACAUUAACAGCACUGUGUAUCUAUGGUUUUGUCUGUUUUGGUCAUCUUUUGUCUCGUUUUGAAUACACUGGAUUUUCACCACUUUUUGCAUUGAAAAUUCUCGGCCUCAUUUAUAUACUUUCUGCUCUUGGAAUGGGUAUUUUCCUUUCUUACUACUUUAUGAAGAAAGCCUUUACAAUAUUGGCGAAAGGGUGUACACAAUUUGAAUAUAUGUUAGAGGGGAGAGUUUCUGUGAAAUUAGUGAAAUUGUUCUCUUUUCAUCAUCUUACUUGGUGGGAAAUUAUCAACAUUUUCUUUUUCGAAUUUACAGACUUGGAUGAACAAGCUAAUGGAUAA